GGAGCCAAUCAGCUCGCCCGGCCGUAACCGGGGCAACCGCUCCAAACAAGAUGGCGUCGCGUGAGCCGAGCCCGACGGGGGGCGGGAUCUAGAGCUGUCUAAGGUAUAAACCAUGAGUUCUCCUCUUUCCUCCCUGGGAAAGCACCGCAGAGUCCCACUGCAGCUACACAGUCCAGGGAAAAGGACAGUGCCAUUUAAACUGAGUGCCUACGAUGAGGAUGAAGCUGCGCUGCUGAAUGACAUCCUGUCUCCUAGAACAAAGCUUCCAGUGCAAGACAUUUCCCCUUCCUGCUCAAAGGGAACAGCCACAAAAACAAGUACCCAUGGGGCAGCUCCGACUGACAUGGAGCUCAUGUCCUCCAUGAUGCAAAAAAUUGCUUUGUUGGAACAAAAAGCAAAGAACCAAGCACAGGAAAUCCAGCUGAAGGCUAGAAAGGUUGCUGAACUUGAGAAGCAGGUGCAGAUCCUUCAGAAAGGAAAAGAUUCCCCAGAGUCAAGCAGAAUAGAGGAACUGGAAGUGAAGUGUCUUCAGCUGCAGAAUCAGGUCUGGGAAAUGGAGCGGUUUCUGAAUGAUUAUGGAUUGAUUUGGGUUGGAGAGAACAAUGAACAGCUGAAAUCAUUGAAGAAGCAGGAAAAUCAGCCAUCAAGGAGUCUCUGGAAACCAGGCGACUCAACUGUUUCCAAGCAUCUGAUCGAUUUUGAUUUAAUUUUGGAAAACCUGAAAGAUUUAAACGUGCUGGCUGGGGAAGGUGUGUCUCAAAUCGAGCGCACAGCAGGAGGUGCUAGACUGAGGCAGCCCCAAUCGAUAGCCCUCACUUUUUAUCAGAAUGGGAUAGUCAUGUUCAAUGGACCUUUCCGGUCGUACGAGGAGCCGUCCACGCAGCAAUGUCUUCAGGAUAUCAUGGAUGGCUAUUUUCCCUCAGAGCUACAGACGCGCUAUCCGGAUGGCGUUCCUUUUCAGGUCACUGACAGGAGAGACGUUUUCUUUCGGGAGAGGCAGCUACCAGAGAACUUUCCUGGCCAGGGGCAGGUAGUUGGCCAUUCGAGGUCAAGUGAGGUAAAGGAAACCAGUGAGAUCCCAGGUCUCAAGCUCUCACUGGAGCAGUUUCUCAACAAACUUCCUAAAUCCUUGAUCCGGGAGGGACAAGUGAUUGAUAUCCGAGGACCAGUCAAAGAAACUCUGCAGGGCUCUGAUGGGACAGGUAGCAAUGAAGUGAUCCUGGUGGAGACGCCCAGCCUUGCAGCAAUGAAGGAGAGGUAAAGGGCAGUGGUCCCUUAGCCAAUGCACGGUCAGUCUCUCCUGUCCGUCCACUAGCCAUCAGAGGCAACCUGCAAAGAUUUGUUUAAUGGUUUUGCCCAUUUUUGCUGCUUUCUGAUGGAUAAAGAGGGCCUGGAAAGGGAGGGUUCAUUUGUGUGUUUUAAAGCAAAACCACUAGAGUUUUUUCCUCUUGGUUUUUACUUUAGAAAUAGCAGGAAGGCCAGGUUUGAUCUUUCCUAGUUUUGGGAGGCCUCUGAGAUGUUUAUGGUGAAUCCUGACAUCUUCAGCAAAGGCUUCCUUUAUUCAAAAUGUUAGCUAGUUCUUGGUAUUAAAUGGGUGUUCACAAGAACAAGCAAAACCCAAGGAGUUUGAACCAGUCUGGCUAUAAAUUCCUUCUUCUUUCAAUUUUCACCCUCUGAAUGGGAAAGUGCCUCCAGAGAAGAGAUGAGCAAAUGGGGUCACCAUUUCACUAGUUCUCCCGUAGUCAGAGAGUCUUCCAGGCUAGACAAGACCUGAAUUUCUAAUGUCACCAUAAAUCAAGCAGAAUUUUGUAUUUAAAAAAGCAAAUAAACAACCCUACCAGGCAGCCUUGAUCCUUAAUAAGGAACAAAAAAGGGCCCCAGCUUAUCUCAGAAAGUGAAAGAGCAGCCUUGCAUCAUCAGAUAGGCCGCAACUUCUCCCUCACGCAAAGGAGUAGGCGGGUGGGGCUGUCUUUCCACAUUCAGCUAUUUUAGGGUUACCAUAUUUAAAAAAUAA